AUGUCGCAGCCAUCUGUAUAUUCUCCUCCAGGAUUUGACUUUUCAAACGAGAUCAGAAAUGAAUUUCUACUAGGAAAAGGUCUCCCAUUACCCAAAGCGACGAGCACAGGAACGACAAUCGUAGGAUGUUUGUUCAAAGAUGGAAUCGUCCUUGGAGCCGAUACACGAGCGACUGAAGGCGACAUUGUUGCCGACAAGAAUUGCGAGAAGAUCCAUUAUAUCACAGAAUCCAUCCGGUGUUGCGGUGCAGGAACAGCCGCAGACACCGAAUUCACGACCAACCUCAUCUCUUCGAAUAUGGAAUUGCACGCUUUGCAGACAGGGCGGAAGCCACGCGUGGUUACUGCAAUGACAAUGUUGAAACAGAUGCUCUUCAGAUACCAAGGUCACAUCGGAGCUGCACUCGUUCUCGGUGGCGUCGACGCAACAGGACCCCAUCUAUUCACCAUCCACCCCCACGGUUCUACGGAUAAGCUGCCCUAUGUUACCAUGGGUUCAGGUAGUCUGGCUGCGAUGGCUGUAUUCGAGAGUGGGUGGAGGGCCAACAUGGAGCGAGAGGAAGCCUUGAACCUUGUCAAGGCUGCCAUCGCCGCUGGUAUCUUCAACGAUCUUGGAUCCGGUUCCAACAUCGACGCUUGCAUCAUCACUUCCACUUCAACGGAGAUGCUGAGGAAUGUGGAGAUGCCUAACGUCCGUGUGCAGAAGGAGCGCGACUACAAGUUCAGGAGGGGAACGACGGCAUGGAAGAAGGAAGAUAUCAGAAAGCUGGUGAUCGACGAGCAGGUGACGGCACUUGGCGCUGGCGACGAGAUGGAUACCUCAUGA